AUGGACGCGAAAUUUGACACAUUGGAGGCUCCAUAUUUCGGAAUUCAAGACGACAGCUUACGCCUUCAAGCGUUAACGCACCCGUCCUAUAGUUAUGAAAAUCCCGGCGAAGCUCAUAACCAACGUCUAGAAUUCAAUGGGGAUGCAUUCCUCAAGGCGGCGAUUACAAGUCUGCUGUGUGAAAUAUGUGCGGACUGGAACGAAGACAGGCUCACACAACUACGAAGCAAAGUCGAACGAACCGAAAGUUUGGCAACUUUUGCCAGACAAAUUCGGUUGGACGAACAUAUUCGGAUUGGUAAAAGCUGCCAAGGAGCUACUGACAAAAUGCUAGAAGAUGUAUUUGAAGCAAUUAUUGGAGCCAUUCAUCGUGAAGGCGGACAAGCCCGCGUGGACAAGCUACUGUUUCCUUUCCUACGUGAGACAUGCAAGGCUUUAGCAAAAGAGCCACCAAGAACCCUGUCCAGCAUAUCCAAUCCUUUGUUUCCACCCACGCAAGUACUACCUAAUUCUCAAGCUUUUACCAACGGAGGGCAAAGUCCGAGCAACUAUAAUGGAUAUGUUAUUAGCCCUCAGCCCCCAGAACCACCAAUUGAUCAGAGUCAUCUGUAUUUGCGAAUGGAUAUUUUAAACAAAUUACUCAAAUGCCAAAAUCCGGUAUCGGCUCUCAAAGAAUGGAGAGACCAGCUUGCAAGAUCCGACGUGGAGUACAAAUUUGAGAAAACUGGAUAUGAACAUUGUCCAUCUUGGCGGGCCGAAUGCAUCAUAGGCGGCGUAAUUGCUGGAAAAGCUACAACACCAGGGAGAAAGCAAGAAGCCAAAUCUGCUGCCGCAGAUAAUGCGAUUAAGAAUAUUUUAUAUAAUUCUUCUUUAACACCCGAGACUGUUUUACGGGACCUUUUGCCAGACAUUCUUUAA